UCAUGCUCGCGUUGAAAGCUCUUCUGGGUUUAUGCCGUCUGCGUGACAACAACAGAGAAGCAGCACGACAGUGGAGAUCUCUCAGAGGUGAGGAAGGAGAGGCCUUACCUGGAAGACCCUUCAUUCCUUAUACUCUCAACUGAACGAUUUAACUCUCAAAAUGGCAUUCGCAAAUCGGGUAGGGAAUCUGCUCAAGAACACCGCCAGCAGGCACGCCAAUCUUGACGUAUCCGCGCGCAGUCCAGCCAUGUAUCAGGCUAUAAGAUCCAUGUCUUCAAAGCUUUUCGUUGGAGGACUUUCUUAUGGCACCGAUGAUAUAAGCCUGAAAGAAGCAUUCUCUGGUCAUGGUGAGAUCGUCGAAGCUAGGGUAAUAAUCGACCGUGAGACUGGUAGGUCAAGAGGCUUUGGCUUUGUUAGCUUCAGGUCUAGUGAUGAGGCUUCUAAUGCCAUGCGGGGUAUGGAUGGACAGCUCUUUCAUGUAUCUCAGGAUCUUCACGGCCGAAGGAUAAGAGUGAACUAUGCUGAAGAGAAGUCUAGCCGAGGAUUUGGUAGUGGUAGUAUGGGCUUCAGAGGCGGCGGUGACUAUGGCAAUGAUGGUGGAUACGGUGGCAGUGCUGGCGGCUAUGAGACUAACAGUUAUGCUGGUGGAAACUGAUUCUUCUGACCGUCUCCCUGCUCCUUUGCUUAGAAAUUUUAGGGUUGCACUAGAAAUGUUCCCGAACUUUCUUUUACUCUGUAUACUUCAAUUUCAGUUUGAAAUUUGAAUUUGAUGAAAUAAUGUGAAUUGGUCAGUUCUAUGGUCGUGC